UGCUCAGGUGCAAACGUAUGGCGGUAUUCUUUCUUGCCGGAUAAGUGCUUAUCCUAAGAAUGAUUCCACGAAAAACAACUGGACACCGCAUGAAUUGAUAGCAAAUGAGUUUGAGAUUAAUAAGACCAGCUGUAAACGAAGUAAAAGAUUAAGUGAUUGAGUGGAAUUUUAUCACCUGUCUGCAUUCGAUAAGAGCAAUUUCCUAGUUGAAAAGUAUUUAAAGUGGACUAUGGCUGCCCAGAGUAAGCUCGCUGAGAUCGCCUUCAAUUGCAGCUGUCAGGAGUACAUUCAUCCAUGGACAUCAAGCUGCGCAUGCGGGACGGCAGGGAUGUUAUUAUCCUUGAUCCCUGCUACCCUGCGCACCUACAGUGUUGUCUAUUUGUUUGCCCUACUUAUCCGUAUGCGGAUUCCAUCACUUAAAGAUCUUAGGCGCACUGCAGCCGGCAUUCUACAGUCGACAGCUUUCCUGUCCUUGAAUGGCAGCCUCUUCGUAUUUGCCAUUUGCAUGGUACGCAAACUUCUGGGAGGCUUCUACUUCGCAACAGCUGCCUGGUUGCCAUCGCUCUUGGUCAGCUCCAUUUGCUUGGCAGUCGAGCGACCCGAGAGACGAGCUCCGCUGACCUUGUAUGUGGCCAAUGUGGGCAUCGAAUCCCUGUGGAAGAUGAUGGAGUCACGGGGCUGGGUGCGGUCCAUCCCCAACGGACAGGUGCUCAUCAUGGGCCUCAGUGUCACCGCCUUGAUGUAUUUAUAUCGGGCAGGACUUCAUAAGACGGUGGUCAAGGAUUCUACCUUCAAGGCUUUGGGUGUGAUCGUGGGUAAGGAGGAGGAGGGUCCUCUUAAAACUCCAGCGGUUAACACCACGCAAAGACCCCGCUUAGGAAGACUUAACUUCCUCUGUAUUACUACGCACCUCAAGAUCUAUGAUCUUCUGCUAUCCUACAGUCAUCCUAGUUGUCCACACUCGAUGGGCUGUGCUCCAUACGCGCUCCUAGGUGGCCUAAAACCUUUCCUGGGCGGCGUGGGACUUCAGGUUGGAAUCAAACUGCUGCUGAACAUUACCAAGAUCUUCCAGUUCAAGAUGCAGUGGCGCAAGCAGAUCUUCAAUAAGGGAUCUCUGCAACUAGGACUUGCACUUGGUAUUUUUUCAUUGCUUUUCAAGUCAACCUCCUGCGGUUUGCGGCACUCUUUUGGACAUGACAAGGCUCUCUUCGCCAUUCCGGCUGGCUUGAUAGGAUCAAUUGGGCUGCUGCACUUCCCCAACACCACGGUGUCUUUAUAUCUGAUGUUGAAAUCCCUUCAACUGCUGUACAACUGGGGAGUCUCAGCGGAAAAGGUGCCCGAGAUGCCAGGCUUAUCCCUGAUCUUGUACGGAUUUUUUACGGCCGUGCUCUGCCAUGCGACCGUUCUGGAGCCUCGAUCCAUGCGGCCCAGCUACUACAAGUUCAUCCAGAACAUUUCGGGAGGUCGUCUCAGCAGGUACAAUAUGAAGUCCUUUGAGGCUUUUGGAGUAAACAGCCAGGAUCAGGCUAAUCACGUAAUUAAGAAGCUGGGAAUUGUCAUGAAGUCACCUAACCCAUUAUUUGCUUUGGCUGUUUAAACUUUGUUUUCCUUCUUAACUUCAAAAUAAAAACAUAAGAAAAUAAA